AUGCUAAGGAUUGACGCUGAAGUUUUUAUGGUAAAUCUACUCGACAUGGAAGUUUCGGAUGAAGUGGUUGAGAAGACGGCAGAACUGGAGAAACGACAGCAGAAUAUUAAGAAUGAAAGGGUUUGUUCAAAGCAAAUUUUAGAUGACUCUGUGCGAAGCUUUACCCCGAUUGUCAUCAAUAUCAACGAGGACGCUGAAACUUCCUUUAUUGAGUGAGU